UGCCGCAGGGCUGAGCCGCGGGGGCGGCACUGCGGGCAGGGAGCGCUGCGGCGCGGAGGCGGGCCGCGGGGCUCCGGCAUCGCGCUCCCCGCACACGCAACGCGCACACACACUCACACUCACACUCGCGCACGGCGACGCGCACACGCGGCGGUGCCCGCCCCUCUUCCCAUCCCCGUCCAUGGCGCUGAGGACGGCGGCCCCCCGCUCCGCACGUGGCCCCGGGGCGGCCCGGCGCGGGCACGGAGCGCGGUGACUUCCCCAGGCCGGGCGCCGAGACCUCAGAGCCGAUGGAAAGCGGGGGCGAUGCCGGAGCGGCAUCUCGGCGGGGAGGCGGCGGGUUCCCGGGUGCUGCCCGGCCCGGCGCUCCCCCGGCUGCGGACGGCGGCGUGAACAUGGAUGGGCCCGGCGGGAGCGGGGCGGCCCCCGCUGCGGGGCCGGGAGUGCCCGCGCCGCCGCCCCGAGCGCCGUGCUCCAGGGACCCCAAAAUGGUCCAUCAGCGGUUCCUGCGGCGGAGCGUGGUGGACUCGGACCAGGAGGAGCCCGCGUUCGACCUUCCCGAGUCGGAGCAUCAGAGGAAAAUCAUCCUGCUCCCCAAAACCAGGAGGAUAAUCGCGGAGAGGGCGAAGGCAGGGCACGGGGCGGCGGAGAAGGUGUGCCUGGAGGCCGAGCCCCCGGGGCCGCUGCGGGCGGGGCCGGCACCCGGCGGUGCGGCGGGGCCCGAGGAGCAGAAGGAGGCCGGCAGGGAUGCGGAGAGGAAGGAGGCGUCGGACGCGUCCAGGGAGCAGGGCAAGGCCAAGAAAGAGGAGCCCGAGGAAGAGGCUGACAUGAAAGCGGUCGCCACCUCGCUGGAUGGCAGGUUCCUCAAGUUUGAUAUUGAACUCGGGAGGGGAUCCUUCAAAACGGUCUAUAAGGGACUGGACACGGAGACGUGGGUGGAAGUCGCUUGGUGUGAACUUCAGGAUAGAAAAUUAACAAAAGUAGAGAGACAGAGAUUUAAAGAGGAAGCAGAAAUGUUGAAAGGUCUACAGCACCCAAACAUUGUAAGGUUUUAUGACUUCUGGGAAUCCUGUGUAAAAGGAAAAAGGUGCAUCGUGCUGGUUACCGAACUGAUGACCUCUGGAACACUGAAGACGUAUCUGAAGAGAUUUAAAGUGAUGAAACCAAAAGUCCUGCGUAGUUGGUGCCGGCAAAUCCUGAAGGGUCUUCUUUUCUUGCACACAAGAACUCCACCAAUAAUUCACAGAGACUUAAAAUGUGACAAUAUUUUUAUUACUGGACCAACUGGAUCUGUGAAAAUAGGAGACUUAGGUCUGGCAACCCUCAAGAGAGCUUCGUUUGCCAAAAGUGUAAUAGGUACACCAGAAUUUAUGGCCCCAGAAAUGUAUGAGGAACACUACGAUGAAUCUGUUGAUGUCUAUGCGUUUGGAAUGUGCAUGUUGGAAAUGGCUACCUCAGAAUACCCUUACUCAGAAUGCCAGAAUGCUGCUCAAAUUUACCGGAAAGUAACCUGUGGUAUAAAGCCAGCAAGCUUUGAGAAAGUUACAGAUCCUGAAAUUAAGGAGAUAAUUGGGGAGUGCAUUUGCAAAAAUAAGGAAGAAAGAUAUGAAAUUAAAGAUUUAUUAAGCCAUGCCUUUUUUGCUGAAGAUACUGGGGUAAGGGUGGAACUUGCAGAAGAAGACCAUGGUAGGAAAUCCUCUAUUGCCUUAAGACUCUGGGUAGAAGAUCCUAAGAAACUGAAAGGAAAACCCAAAGAUAAUGGAGCCAUUGAGUUUACUUUUGAUCUGGAGAAGGAAACUCCUGAUGAUGUUGCACAAGAAAUGAUUGACUCUGGAUUUUUUCAUGAAAACGAUCUCAAGAUAGUUGCGAAGUCAAUACGUGACAGAGUAGCAUUAAUACUAUGGAGAAGAGAGAGAAUUUGGCCUAGAAUACAGUCAGAGGAACGCCGAGAUUCUGAGUGCUUGGAGAAGUCGAAGGCGCCACAUCCGCAGCAGGUUCAAGUCACGUACCUUUCCCACACCGGUCAUCACAUCCUGUCCGAGUCGGAGGAACCUGAGGCAGACCAGCAUCCCUUCCAGCAAAACCUGCCCACCAGCGUCACAUCCGUUGCAUCUGACAGCACAUUCGACAGUGGUCAGGGGUCCACUGUUUAUUCAGACUCGCAGAGCAGCCAGCAAAGCGUCAUCUACUCAUCCGUGCCCGACGCCGUGCCGCCUGCCAUCCAGCGGGUGUACAGCCCGCCCCUCAGCGAGAGCCAGGCGCUGCCCCACAGCCUCCCGCAGCUGGGGCACUACCAGCAGCCCUCAGCACCUGCCCUGCCCGUUGUUCAGGCUCCACCUGCAGUGGUGCCCCAGAGGCCCCAGCACUACCAGGAGCCAGCGAUGACGUUCCCAGUGGUGCAGCCGACCACCGUGGCCUCCAUGCAGCUGGGGCAGUCACAGCCAGUGCUGGCCAGCCAGCAGCAACCCAUAUCACAGCAAACUUCUCUGCAGCAGGUGCUUGCCAGCCAGCCGGUUUGCCCCAUCCAGCCUGCUCCCCAUCUCCUGCCCCAGUACCAGCCCCAGACCUCUCAGGUGGCAGCCAGUAGUACACCACUGAAACCCCUUCAGAUUUCAACCGUGCCACAGCUUCCUCCAGUUGCCCCUUCCCAGAUUCCUCAGUUUCCUGUCAUUCCUGCAAUUACUCCUCUGGCAGGACUUGACAACCUUCCUCCAAACCUCUCUGAUAUACCUGCUGCAAACGUGCCCCCCAUACCUGCUCCUUCUCAGUAUUUCGCUCCAGCUGUGAUUUUACCGAGCCUCCCCAUGAACCCCACUUUGCCCAUGGCACCAAACUCCCCCGCCCUCCCCAUGCAAGCAGUGAACCUUCCUCAUACAACUGUGGCUUCUCUGGUCUUGCCCUGCCAAACAAUAGUGCCAAAUAUGUCGGCUGCUACAAUACCAUUGCUUGCCGUGGCUCCGCCAGGAGUGCCAGCGCUGCCGCCGCACCACGCGGUGUCCCAGCUGCCCCAGCAGCAGAUGUACCCGACCACCUUCCAGCAGAUAAUCCAGAGCGAAGCACCCUCUCCCCAUCACACGCAGAGCACGCAAGCCGUUUCCCAGCCGCAGCAGCCUCCACCUCCUCAGUCACUUCAGCCAGGUGUAAUUCAUCCAUCAGAACAGCCACUGCCUGCCCCUGGGGCCGGUAACCAGCAGGUUACUGGACAUACUCAGUAUGGUUUGGAAACUGGAGCCCAGGUGCCGGUACUCCCAGUGCAGCCUUCGCUAGUCAUGUCACCGCCUUUGCAGUUGCAACCUGAACUAUUGCCUCCCCGCGUCGCUCCAGAAAGCAUUUCACAGAUUCAUGGCAGCCUUGCUACAGCUAGUCCACCAGUGCCCAUAGAUCACUGUCUGCCUCUACAGCCUUCGGGUGUUCUGCAGCUUCAGCCAGACCUUUCCCAGCCCCUGGCUCAGCAGCUCCCCGCUCCCGGCUCAGCCGUGCAGGCAGUGGCAGAGACAUCGCAAGAGGAGCAGGCAAUACAGGACAAGCUUCAAACUCUGUCACAGAGCUGUGAAAGCUACAUGAGUCCAGAUGUUGCUUCAGGUAAAGAGAUGAGUGACAGCUUUGAAGGAGCAAUAGGAAGUGGAAAACAAGAAGGAAAGUCUUCAAAGAAACAUAAGAAAUCUACACGUGCUCGUUCACGCCAGGAGAAAACCAACAGACCCAAACUGACUAUAUUAAAUGUUUGUAACACAGGGGAUAAGAUGGUGGAAUGCCAGCUUGAAACACAUAAUCACAAAAUGGUGACUUUUAAGUUUGAUUUGGAUGGUGAUGCACCCGAGGAAAUUGCUACUUACAUGGUGGAGAAUGAAUUCAUAUUGCAGAGUGAGAAAGAGACAUUUAUUGAACAAAUGAAAGAUAUUAUCGAUAAAGCAGAAGAUAUGCUCAGUGAAGAUACAGAAGGAGAACGAAGUUCUGAUCAGGGAACAAGUCCCCAGCAGGAUACUGAUGGAACAGAAAUGAAUGAGGAGAAGCGGCCAUCUCAAGUGAAGACACCUGUGUAUCAACAAAAUGUUUUGCAUACUGGAAAAAGGUGGUUUAUUAUAUGCCCCGUGGUGGAAAACCCAACUACUGAUGCACCAGAAUUUUCUCCACCAGUUCCUCAGAGUGCACAGCAGUCUGAAGGUCCAGACCUGGAGCAGUCGGAUGAUCAGCAAGCAAACUCUGCGGUGCCGGAUGUGCCUGGUGUCUUAGCUUGUCAGCAGCUUCCUCUACAGGCAAGCGUCUGUGACAGCCCCAUUGGGGCCUCUCCAUCUUUGGCACAAAUUCCUGCUGCAGCAUCUUCAGCUGGCUUGCCGAGCCAGGCAGAGCUCUCAGCUCCAGCGCCACCAGGACCCGCUCCAAACAUCCUGGAGCAGGCAGCUGCUAACGGAGGCCAGCCGGAAUGUUCUCUACUGCAAGCAGCAUUACCUCCCCCACCUGGCACUCCAGCCCCAGGUGCUGCCCCUCUGGAGGAGCCUGCUGAUGCUCCCCUGGCUGCCCAGCCUACUCAGCAGGCGCAGCAGCAGGCAGAUGAGGCCAUGUGUAUCCCUGACGUGGAGAUAGCGUGUUGCAGUGUCGGGCCACCCAAAGCAGUCCCGCCAGCUCCUGCCAAGGCAGCAGAGCUCUGCCCGCUCCCUGUGCUCCCAGAUGCUGUUGUUUUGGAGCGGCAGCCUGCGGCCCAGAUCCCUCACCUGCCAGAGGCCGGCCAGCCCGGCGUGCUGCAGCACUCCUUUGUGAAUCAAGUGUUUCCUGCAUCUGUUGCAUCCGAGUCUCUCAAUCUGGCAGGAUCUCAACUUCAGAGCCCCACUCAGGUGUCCAUGGCCACAUCCCAGCAGCAUGUGAUGCUGUCCCAGACACAGCCUGUCACCUGCGCCAGCAUGGGGAUCGGCCUGCUGCAGCAGCAGCAGCCGUGCACUGUGGAGUCUGAUGGAGAGGGGCCACCCCGGGUGGACUUUGUUGACAACACAAUAAAAAGCCUCGAUGAGAAAUUGCGCAACUUACUUUACCAGGAAUAUGUCCCGACUUCUUCUGCAUCAGCAGGAACUCCAGAUGCUUUUGUGCCAUUGGAACAGGCAGACAGUGAAUUUAACUUGCCACCAUUCACCGAAGAUCCCAAGUUGGUGUUGGAUUUGAGAGAACCAGGCCAUAACACUACGGAUAGCUGCCGGGAGCUGAAAGCUGCUGAGGCCCAGUUUGUGCCAGCUGUGCCACCUGAGAUCGCACCUCACCCAGUGUUGCUUGAGAAGUCUGAGGCCGCUGGCAUUGGGACUGAGUCCUUGGAAGCAAGAGGAUCAGCUGCGAGCAUCACUCCAGCUCCUGUGACUCCAGCAAAGGGCCUCCUCCAGGUUACACCUACAUCAUCAAGCAUAGCUAAACAGAUGGAAACUUCUAAAACGAACGAGAAGGCAAAGGCUACAACUUCAUCUACGCACACAGAUAAUGUAAUGCAGCUAUCAACAGCAGAUGGGGUGAUAAAUAACCUUCAAAGGGAUGACUCUCUAGACUCCGGUUCCUAUGGAAAACAGUCUGGAACUCAUGAUAGUGGUACACCAGCCAAAACUAUUGGCAGGUUUUCAGUAAGCAGCACGCAAGAUGAAUUAACUUUAGCAGCGCCGCAUUGCUUAAGAUUCUCUGCGCCCCCAGACGUCUAUUUGGAUGAGCUCCCUUCCAGCCCUGACCAGAAGACAGCUGUCCGACGGGUGCAGACAGCCUCGUCUGUUGAUGUCCUUUGUGACCAGGGCUCGAGUGAUUCUGCUGAGGAACCCUUCCAUCGACAGGCUGCUGCGGCUCAGCCGUCCCCUCCGAGCAGUAGUGCAGCCUCUGACUUAAUUAAAAAAGCAGCAGCUUUUCUGCAAAGGACUGGAAAAGCGGGCUCCCAAGGCCCCGAUUCACCGAACGGGCAGGGAACAAAGAUUCCUACCAUCAACAUAACGUCCUUCCACUCGCAGUCAUCGUACAUGAGCAGUGACAAUGACUCCGAAUUUGAAGAUGCAGACAUGAAGAAAGAGCUGCAGAACUUGAGAGAAAAGCAUAUGAAAGAAAUUGCCGAACUUCAGACUCAGCAGAAGAAUGAGAUAGAGGCACUGUAUAUUCGGUUAGGGAAGCCCCUGCCUCCCAACAUGGGGUUCCUUCACUCAGCCCCGCCAAGCGGCCGUCGACGAAGAACCAGCAAAAAUAAAUUGAAAGGUGGAAAACUAUUAAACCCUCUGGUUCAGCAGCUCAGGAGUGGAACAUCAAGCACAAGUAAUGUUUCAGACUCUAAAGACUCACCCCACAAAGAAACAACUAAAGCUCAGCCUGGAUCUCCCGAAACAACAGGAGUAACUUCCUCUGUGUCAGCCACAUUUGGGAAGUCUGUUCAGACACAGCAGCCGUGCUCUGUCAAAGCCUCUUUGUCUUCUGACAUCUGCUCCGGCUUAGGCCCCGAAGGAGGUGAUGUGAACGCAAGCUCUGGCCAAGGCUGGACGGUUUUCCACCAAACGUCUGAGAGAGUGACCUAUAAAUCUAGUAGCAAACCUCGUACCAGAUUCCUCAGUGGACCUGUGUCUUUGUCCAUCUGGUCCACCUUGAAACGACUAUGUCUAGGCAAAGAUCACAGUAGUAGAUCCUCUACAAACAGUCUUGUAACGUGUCCUGAGCCCCUCCCGCAAUCAACUCUGCAGGUUCAGGCCAACAACAGUAACAACAAGAAGGGAACGUUCACCGAUGAUCUUCACAAGCUGGUUGACCAGUGGACAAGCAAAACUGUUGGAGCUGCACAGGCAAAACCUUCUUUAAACCAACUGAAGCAGAACCAAAAAAGGCAGGACAUGGAGCCAAAGGCAAAUCCCAUGCAAACACAGAAUGAGACAUGUGGAGUUAAUUCAGUAAGAACAGGAUUGGGGAAAAGGUGCAUUGUUCCAGUGUCUUGUCCCAUGUCAGCUGCGCUAACUCCUGGAGUUUCACCAUCCAUGCCAGUGCCUAUGCCAGUUUGCACCGUAGGCGGCACGGACACCUCUCUCCUGUUUGCGGGUUGCUUUUUGCCUCUUUUACUGUGCUUAGAGUCUGCAUCUGCACCUCUCAGUCUAAAGGCACAAGGUAACCACUGACACUGAUUUGCUGAUGGUAAGUUCCAUUUCUAUGGACGGCACUAAGGGCCAUCCCUACAGGCACAGGGAGCCAAACGAGCGGUCAAACCUGAAGGCGCGUUGCUCUGUAUCUCUACUGCAAUGACAUUCUAUACUGUCUGCUGAUGGGCAGAGAUGUCUUGUGCUGCCAAGCUGUGAAAUUGUAUAGUUCUAUUGUACUUUGAGCAUUAUUCUGUCUAAAUUAUUUUGUUUGUACCCUUUGAAUAUAUUAUUCCAUCAAUUCAGUUAGAAUUGAAUUUUAUAGACAAUUAUGCAGAGUCUUCUGCCUGGGCAAAAUACUUACUGUAGUAAGAGAUUUCUGUUCUCUGUAACAUGUAUCUUUAAUUUGUUUGGGUUUUUUAGAUUCAUGUCUGUAUGCUUCAUGAGCAAACAUGGAAAAUAUGUUCUCACACCAGUUUUCCUUCAGCUUGCACUGAAUCCUACAGUUUGUCGCUAUUGCCUGUUGUAUAGUCCAUCCCCUGUAUACUGACAGAGUCAGUGGCACUAAAAGCCCCAAGAAAUUGUAUAGAUUAAAAAGAAGAAAAAAUAAACAUUUUGUGCUUGAAAACUGUGUGAAAAACCCAGUGUUUUUCUGAAAACAGAAGCGUGUCAAUUCCCCGCUCUCCCAGGUAACCCUGCGCCUGUUUUCCAGCCUUCUGUGCGAAGGAUUAGAUGUGAUGCUUCCGCUGCUCCUCGGUGCCUGCCCAGGGCUGUGUCCCAUCUCUUGCAGCUGUAGACGUGCAGUGGUGCUCCAGAAGUGAUGUAGUGCCACCCCACAGAAUCUCGCUGCUCCUGCAGCGUUUCUGGUGCUCUGCUGCUGCAAAGCAGGCCGGGCCGGAACAUUAAAUGGGUUAUUUUAAGAGAUGGUAUCUUUAGCAUCUCAUUUGUACUGCCAGCAAUGCUGCAGUUGGGUAGGUGGUAAAUGAGGCAUUUGGACCGUGCGCAUCCCACACUGCCAGUACCAGGGAAGCCCCAUUAGCAUGAUCCUGGCAUCAUUUAAAUGUGAGGGAGGGCAUCGAAGAAACUUGGCCCCAGUACAAGUUUGUGCUGCGUGCACGCUCUUGGCAGUCACUGAUGUCGGUGUAGGCUGCAGUAGAAAUGAGGAAGGGCUGUGCAGGGAGAGGUCUGGUACUUCUGCUUUUGUGCUUCUUCUGCACAUCCGACCUGUGCAGUUUUGCUGUGGGUGCUGCAUGCGUGUCAGCUGCCAGCCUUGUGCUGCAGGUCAUCAGAGCCUUCCAGCCAAGCAUGGCCAAAGCUGUGGGAGCACAUGGGGCUGCCUGGUGCCAGGUUUGGUCCAGAGCUAAUCGUGUUCACUUUUUCUUUUAAAACGAAGUUUUCAGCUUUUAGUGCCUGCUUUCUUAUGUGGGCCUUUUUUAGCUGGUGGUGGGGCCAGACGUUGGUGCUUUCAUUUCAGUGUUCAUGACUUGAAUUUUGUGGUAGCCAUCUUGGCUUCAGUUCUUUAGGCUGUGAGCUUCCAGCUAUGUUUUGUUGUCCCUGAUCAUGCUGAAGGGAGUUUUGGGCCUUGAUAGUGAUUAAGAAAGUGACUUGGGAUGGAACAAAUGGGGCAACUUCUCGAGAAAAAUGUGAGCAAAGGUGCUUUGCCUGCACCUUUGGAAAAAGAGAAUGCCCUGCUCCAGGGAGGUGCUGGUCAUUGGAUGUUUUUCUUGUGUUUUAAGAAACAGUUUUUGUUUCUUAAAAACUGAACUGUAUUUAUAGGAAGUCCACUUAAAUAGGACCAGUGGGCAAGUACUUGACUGUUAGUUACAUGCCUGUGCUUUAAGAAGCCUUCGAAAAGCAAAAGGUGUUUUCACAGCAGGCAUCGGCUCUGCUCAGGCAGCAGGGCUGGCUCCCAGUGAUCUGUGCAUUUUGCUGGAUUUAACCAACUUUUGUGCUGAGCCCUGUCAUCCAGCCUUAGUCUGGAGCGGGAGGCACCGCAGGGCUGGUGCUGCAGCAUUGGUGGAGGGACAAGAUAUUGAAAGAGGACUUCCUGCUGCUGAGUCACACACCUGGUAGUAAGGAAAUGGCAUGCGACUGGUCUUGUGUCGGGAGUGCAUCAUUGGCAGGGCAGCAUGGGAGGGGACCCUGCACCCUUCAAGGCUCGCUUGCUCAUCCCGGCUCAGCCUCCCUGGCAGGUGUGUUCAACAACUGAUGUAAGGACUUGCCCUUGUGUAACUGUGGUCUUCAUUCUGUAACUUAGAGUUAAUAUUUCUCAGGUGUUACUUUACAC